GACGCGCUGGUUCGCGAGGCCCCCCCCCCCCCCUCCUCACAUCCGCUCCGCUCCCGUCCUUCUCUGUUCUCUCCUCCACCGACCCCCUUUCCCCACCGACAUGGCCGCCGCUGCCGCCUCGUCCUCCUCCGAGGGAUUCGUCGGCGCGCCCGCCGCCCUCCCCCUCGACAAGGCGGCGGCUUCGGGCUCCGGGAGCGGCGGCGGCGACCGGGUGGUGGAUUGCGGGGUGUGCGCGAUUUGCCUCGAUAAGAUCGCGCUCCAGGAGACGGCCCUUGUCAAGGGAUGCGACCACGCCUACUGCGUAACAUGCAUUUUGAGGUGGGCAUCCUACAAGCAGGCCCCUCAAUGCCCACAGUGCAAGCACCCAUUUGAAUUCCUCAGCGUGCACCGUUCUCUUGAUGGCUGCCUACAUGACUACCUGUUUGAGGAGAGCGUUUGCCUUCUCCUGAGGGCCGCUUGGUUUGAACCUCUGAUCGUAGAGGCUCAUGAAGAGGCUCUGGAAGAAGAUGAGAUUUACCACCAGUACCAAUAUGAUGACGAUGAAGAUGAUCUUGAUGAGGAAACUUAUUACAUGAGCAGGUCCCCAAGCAUUCGCAUUGGUAACAGGAGGUGGGGUGACAAUGGGUACAUCAGAGGAGGCAGGAGAGAGGCGAGGCCAGUGAAUGCUGAUGCCGCUGGUCCAUCCAGGACCCCAAAGAAGAAAGAGAAGGCGGCAUCGACGUCGGGUUCAGGAUCGGGGUCAGUAUCCAAGGAUGUCUCUGGAAGGCGGGCAAAAAGGGCUCAGAAGCGGGAAGCUGCAGACAAGGCAGCUGCAGAGAAGCACCUGAAGCACCUGCAGAGGUUGGGACUCGUGAAAGCACCUGCACCUGAAGUGCCCGCGGAGGUCGGCCCUCAGGUGAACGAGUGAUCCACCAGCAGCUGCUGUAUAUAAUGGUGCUGUUAGGCAAACUGCAGCCCUUGGGCCACCAAAUAAUCUUCCUUUGUGAAGAACUGGAGCGGUGGCCUUGUAUCAUGGCAACUUGGCCGCAUUGUACAGUUGUUUUAGUUUCUCAACACUCCUUUAGAUCCAGCACACAGAAAAUGGACUGCUGUCUGCACCACAGUUGCAGCUGUGCGGUUUUAUCUCACUCAGAAUCUUUUUGGAUUCGGUUAUGUUAGGGGAUUAAAUUGCUAGCUGUGCUGAUUUAAUAUGGGCAUCUAGAUAGGAUGUUGCAAAUCAGGUGAUUAACCAAUUGCCACUGCAACUGCGAACUGUGUAAACACUCUGUCUGGUGACUUGUUAUUGAUGUAGUCGGUGUCUUCACAAGUCUGUU